UAAGCCUCUAACGGGGCGUCAUGGAGGGACUUCUCUCGCUUUGCAUAUUUUGCCUUCCCUUUUCUGCUUUCCUUGCUGUCCUUGUAACUCUUUUUCUGCUCACCUCUUGUUCUUCUUCUUCUUCAUCUUCUCUGUUCUACUGAAGCUCUCUAACUUCUGUAAUGGCGGACAUAAGUCAUCCUCCCAUGGAUCAACUCCAAGACCUUGAAUAUUGUAUAGACUCCAACCCUCCAUGGGUUGAAACUAUCUUAUUGGCAUUUCAAAACUACAUCCUGAUGCUGGGCACUACUGUGAUGAUCCCUACAUUCCUUGUACCAUUGAUGGGUGGAAAUUAUGGAGACAAGGUUCGGGUUAUACAAACUCUGCUAUUUGUAUGUGGUAUCAAUACACUUCUGCAAGCUCUUUUUGGAACGAGGUUGCCAGCAGUGGUGGGUGGUUCUCCUGCAUAUAUAAUACCCAUCGUUUACAUUAUUGGUGAUUCAUCAUUGCAACGAAUUCCUGAAUCUCAUGAAAGAUUUAUACAAACCAUGCGAGCAAUCCAAGGAGCACUUAUUGUAGCAUCAAGCAUACAAAUUAUCCUUGGUUACAGCCAAGUUUGGGGGCUUUUCUCAAGGUUUUUCAGUCCUCUUGGAAUCGCACCUGUGGUUGCAUUGGUUGGUUUGGGGUUAUUUGAACGAGGAUUUCCCGCGGUGGGAAAUUGUGUUGAAACUGGGAUACCAAUGCUAUUGGCAGUUAUUGGCUUGUCACAAUAUCUGAAGCAUUUUAGGCCAGUCAAGGAUGUUCCCAUAUUCGAAAGGUUUCCUAUACUGAUUUGCACCACAAUCAUUUGGGCAUAUUCCCAUGUCUUGACUGCUGGUGGGGCCUACCGAAACAGGCCUAUAAAAACACAACAAAAUUGUCGCACUGACAGAGCUCAUCUUAUAUCCUCUGCACCAUGGUUCAUGUUCCCAUAUCCUCUGCAAUGGGGUCCACCAACUUUUGAUGCGGGCCAUACAUUUGCUAUGAUGUCUGCAGUUCUAGUGUCGAUGAUAGAGUCAACUGGUGCGUAUAAAGCAGCAUCUCGUCUCGCAAUUGCCACUCCACCUCCUGCUUAUGUGUUGAGCCGAGGUAUCGGUUGGCAGGGUAUUGGUGUAUUGCUCGAUGGCCUUUUUGGUACAGGGACUGGUUCUACUGUAUCAGUGGAGAAUGUGGGGCUUCUUGGACUUACUCGUGUUGGGAGCCGAAGAGUUGUUCAGAUUUCAGCUGGCUUCAUGAUAUUCUUUUCGAUCUUAGGAAAAUUUGGAGCUCUCUUUGCAUCUAUACCCUUUCCAAUAUAUGCAGCACUUUACUGUGUUCUCUUUGGCCUUGUAGCUUCAGUUGGAUUAUCAUUCCUACAGUUCACAAACAUGAACUCUAUGAGAAAUCUCUUCAUCACUGGGCUUUCGCUUUUUCUUGGGAUAUCUGUCCCACAGUAUUUUAAUGAGUACUGGGGUUCUUCUCUUCAUGGUCCUGUCCACACUCGCGCAGGAUGGUUUAAUGCAUUCUUGAAUACUAUCUUCUCAUCACCACCAACAGUGGGAUUAAUUGUUGCUGUGUUCCUUGACAACACAUUGGAAGUAGAGAAGUCAAAGAAGGACCGAGGGAUGCCUUGGUGGGUGAAGUUCAGAACAUUUAGAGGUGAUAACAGAAAUGAGGAGUUCUACACUUUGCCUUUCAAUCUCAACAGGUUCUUCCCACCCACAUAGCAAAUCCACAACUGGGUCACCAAGCAAGCUCGGUCCUGUGAACUGGAGUUCUAGUGAAGGUUCUCAAUCGGAGUUGAGAAUGACCAAUUUUUUGAGGACUUCUAGGCGACCUUUGCUUCCU